GAAAACUUUUACACACUGUCAUGCAACAGGCUCCGAACGUUUUCGAAUCCUCUGAUCAUCAAGUAUGGCCCUCUGCCAUGUGGAUGUUAGGACCAGUCUGAUUAUGUAUGUAGCGUUCUUUUUUCCUAAACCUGAGCAUUGCCUAAAAGUCACUGGACCAUUGGAAAAGGUUUAGGGAACCUCAACCAGGUUGAUUCCUGGGAUUUCAAAACUAAAAAUGAGACAGAAACUGAAAUGGGAUGGUAUGAUAUGCUGAAAGCUGUAUAAGCAUUCGAAACUGAAUGUACAGCUUCCAAUCUCUUCGAAUUUUCCGUAUCCGAAUAUCUUCAUGUCUUCAGUCAAUCGUCAUCGUUGGAGCUCACACUGAGUAGCCGUUGCUUAUGCAGCUAGUCCUACGUUUAGAAGUUCGUUAGACGCGGGGGAUUCGGUUUUACCUUUACAUGUUUCUGCCCAUUUUUGGGCGCCGUGCAGUUUUCUUGGUUUGUAUUAGUAUGUCUCGGACUAACAAAGGUCAUAGACCACCGGGUUUGAGAGGAAAAGAGAUAGGUCUUUGGCAUGCUGCUCAAUCGAAAAACAGAUGUACAGGUCAUUUGGAUUACCAGACUAAGUUUGCUUCUAUGCCUCUUGUCGGCCUGAAUCUUUCGAAAAUUCAGUCAGUUAUACAAGAAUUUGUGGAGCCAGUUCCUGAACUCCCCAAAACUAGUAAUGAACAUAUUUCAUUCAUGUGUAAACUCCCAACUCUCAGUACUUCAAAGCAAACUCCUGAAGAAGACGAAGCAGAAGAAUUAUUUGGCGAGAUUCGAGAUUGCUUUGAUGUCUCAGUAGGUCCAUGCUCUGACCCUGAUCAAAUGUUAUUAACAAAAGAAAGCUUGGCUCGAAAUCCAGACAUCGAUCAUGAGCUCUGUCUUUCAAUGCGGAACUGCAUGAGUUCUGCUGCCUACAUGAAAAUGUCAGAAUCCAGGUGUAAACUUCCAGCGUACCAGUUCAAAGAAGAUAUUGUCUCAACUAUUCGAGAUAACCAGGUUGUUAUAAUAAGCGGUGAAACAGGUUGUGGGAAGACUACACAGGUUCCACAGUUUAUUUUGGAAGAUCAGGUCUUAGGUGGAAAUGGAUCUGUUACGCGUAUCAUUGUAACACAACCUCGGCGUAUAAGUGCUGUUUCGAUUGCUGAACGUGUAGCAACUGAAAGAGGACAAUCUGUAGGAUCUUCCGUUGGCUAUCAGGUCCGAUUAGAACGCCGAUAUCCUCAACGUCCUCAUGGAUCUAUCAUGUUUUGUACGACAGGCAUUAUUCUUCAAUGGUUUCGUUCUGAUCCACUUUUGAAGAACAUCAGUCACAUCAUUGUUGAUGAAGUACAUGAACGGGAAUUUUUAUGUGAUUUUCUAUUGUGUAUGCUAAAACGAAUUGCUCCUCUUCGUCCAGAUCUUCGAAUAGUUCUCAUGUCGGCAACAAUCAAUGCAGACAAAUUUGCUGAAUAUUUUGAUAACUGUCCUAAAUUCGAAAUUCCUGGUAGAACUUUCCCAGUGAAGACAUAUUAUUUAGAAGAUGUUUUGAGAGAAACUAAAUUUUGGUUGCCGAAUAGUGCUAUAACUGCUUUAUGCCGUGAUCAGUCACGUUCAUUAAAACAACGUCUUUUAAAAUCUAACCUUUCAAAAAAAGAAGCUCGUAUAUUAUCUUAUGGAAAAAGCCCUGAAUUCAAUAAGUGGUUGCAUUCGUUAACAGGAUUAUCUUCAAAUGCAAUAGAAAUUUUACGUAGUGUUGGAGAAGAUACCUAUCCUAAAACCGAUCUUAUUGCACAUUCAGUUGAGCAUAUUUUACAGAAUACACAAUCGGGUGCAAUACUUGUAUUUGUUCCAGGUCUUGUCGACAUAAAAGAUGUAUUCAGAUGUUUACGUGAAUUAAAUCCAAGACGAUAUGAUAAUCGCUAUGGAAGUGUUAGAAUUUAUCCAUUGCAUUCAAGAAUUCCCACGUCCAGGGACCGCUCACUGUUCGAACCCUCACCAAAAAAUCAAAGAAAAGUGGUCAUAGCAACCAAUAUUGCUGAAACGAGCAUAACCAUUCAAGAUGUAGUUUAUGUGAUUGACUGUGGUCGUAUCAAAGUGACAGAUUAUGAUCCGAGACAGAACACAUCAACCUUAACUGCGAUUCUUGUUAGCAAAGCCAAUGCAGCUCAGCGUUCUGGAAGAGCUGGUCGUGUACAGCCUGGCAUCUGUUAUCAUUUAUUCCCAAGUUAUGUGUAUAAUAAUGUUAUGUCAGAUUUCCUACAACCAGAAAUGUUACGUGUCCGUUUAGAAGAUGUGAUUUUAAGAAUUAAAUUGCUAAGCCUUGGCCGUGUAAAAUCUUUCUUAACCAACUGUCUUGACUCUCCUUCUGAAGAUGCUAUUUCAAAAACCUUAAUAUUUCUUAGACAAAUUCAAGCUCUGAAGCUAAUCGAAUCGGAAACAACGAAUUUUAAUACAUCUCAUUCAAUAAAAUCUCGUGGACAAAGUCAUAAAGUUAAUCGAAAAUCUCUUCGAGAAUUUUCAGAAGCUAUUAAAAAGGAUGUAAACGCUAGUGGUAUAAAUAUUUUGGGUUCUAGUUGUAUCCAUUUAGAUUCAACAGAUGAAGAUGACGAUGAGUUAACUCCUCUUGGUGUACAUUUAGCCAAUUUCCCUUUGGAUCCACAAUGUGCUAAACUCCUAAUUUUCGGCGCAUUAUUCGGUUGCUUAGAACCAAUUUUAGCUGUUGCUUCGUGUUUGACAUUUCGUGAUCCAUUCGAAGUACCUUUGGAGAAACAACAAGAGGCUGACCGAUGUAGAAAGGAAUUGUCUCAGAAUUCUUUUAGCGACCAUUGGGUAUUUGCUACAGUUAUUCAAAGUUAUAAUGGACUUAAUUCACAAAUCGAACGUAAUCAAUUUUGUCAAAGAUAUUUUCUUAAUGAACGUACGAUAAAGGACAUUAUUCGACUUAUGAAUGACUAUGCACAAUUGUUAUAUGAACGAAGGUAUAUUGCCACUCCGAAACCUGAUGAUUCGAAUGCAAACUGUAAUCAAUGGAAUAUCAAUCUUUUCCGAGCUAUAAUGUGUGCAGCAUUAUAUCCAAAUAUUGUAAAAGUGGAUCCAAGAUUUACUAAAGAGGGCAAACCUAAAACACCAGUCAUUAUGUCUUGUCCAUCUGAAGGUAGAGCAAAUAUUCAUCCAUCAUCAGUAAAUAGUAAAAUUCAACCAACUGAGCCUAUAUGGAUGGUUUAUUUUACAAAAACUAAGCUUGAAUCAGGAUCUGUAAGUUUAACCUUUUUUUAAAAAAAGAAACUGACUAAUUUAAUUAGUUAUAUUGACUGAUACUUUCUCUACAAUCAUAGCAUAUACAUGAUUCGAGCUAUACAGUCAGAUACCAUUUUGACAGCUGUUUACUAUUUCGUAAUUUUUAAUGGAUAACAUUUUAUUAUUAUUGUGGAUGGAAAAUGAUCUUUUGGUAAAUUGUAGGCUACCUUUUAUCUUUUUAAAAAUAUCCUUUCGGAAAAACAAUAAUCUAUAAUUACUAAAUGAAUAAAUUUUUUGUUAUUUCAUAUGCUGUUUCAAUUUGCAUCAAUAAUGUCUUAAGCUGAGUUACAUUAAGAUUCAUCUCAUAACAGUUACUAUAAUAUAUAAUACCUACAUUUAAGUCACUGACAUUUUCAGCGUCAUUUGACCUGUGACAUAAUCUGUUUAACCUUUAUUGCCAUUCAGUCAAAUCAAAUUGAAUGGUGAGUUAGUGACUAAAAUACUUGACUUUUAGUCAUCGUUUUACAGACUUAACGUACUUUUGUCUCAAUUAGCUUUCGGUAAUCUGGAAUUGUCACAACCCCUCACAACUAAGGUUUGAUUCAAGGAUUCGUGAAUGAAUCUUUAUAUAGUUUCUGAAUAGUAUGAAUUUAAAAGUGAAUCACCACGAUCCAACGGAUUAAGGUCGUUACAUUCAGUGUUUAAAAGCCGUUUCUGAGAAGUUUUUUCCUAAAUCAGUCUAUGAUAAGUCGGAAGAGAUUAAUGAGCAGUAAAAUGUUAUUUGGCUCAUUCCUUGUAGAAAGGUUAGUAUUUGACUUUACAUGAGUUAUAUUUGAAUGGGUUUUACUUGCUGGAAACAGUGAGUUUCCAAAUAUUCUUAUAUUCAAAGAUCACAUGCAAUAUAUUUUGACAUUUCGUAGUACUGCAGAGCUGUAUAAAGCAGAUCUCUUAAUUAUUUUGUCUAGUCUGGACUCUGUUCCUUGAAACGUGAUACCUAGAAAAUUGACUUAACUUGACGACUAUAAUCAGAGUUAUGAAAUAAUAAGGCGAAAAAGUGUAAUAGAAAAUGCAAAUAGUGAUUGAGGAGGUUCCAUAUGUUUGAUCGGAAAAACUGACAAACUUUGACUAAUGUUAUCCAAGACACCAGUUGUCUGAUAUUUAAUAAUACUUAUUAUACAGUGAGUUAGGUUAUAAAGUAGUCCAAUCUUCAUUAUAUAUUUAGGUCAAUUAAUUUAGGGUGUGGCCGAUAGUGGAAUCAUGUAUACUUUCAUUUCAUUAUAUCACGGAUAUGUAGUCAAUUUAUGUAAGGUGUUAAAUUCAGUAUUACUAGUUCUUCGACGAAAACAUCUUUAUUGUCACGUGAGCAUCGUAUCCUAUUAGUUAUUAACUACAAAACUUUGUUUAGCGCUUCAUCUCUUUUAAUAUUUUAUGCUCUAGCUUACAGUGGUUCUCUUCAUAUUUCUUCAAUCUUAUUACAUUUAUUCGAAUCGCUAUUCCACCAUGAUAUAUAUCUAAUUUUACUGCCAUAAGUAUGUAAACUUUACAGCAAUUUUGAUUUCGAAAUAUUGUUAGUUUCAAGCAGCUGAUAAGAACCUAACGAAAUAAAAUGAAUUCAUUUUAUUCUGCUCAAUCCUUUUUUUCUCUCUUCAAUGAAAUGUAGAUGAACAUUGUGAUAAAGAACAGACACUUCUACAAUUUCAUCCUGUCAUUAAGACGUGUUAUUAAACAGUUAAACAAUAAACAAACUUGAAAAACUCCACGAAAAUGCAUCCGUUUUAUCCGUAUCAGUACCACUUUGAUUCACUUUGAACUGUGUAAUCUAGAUGUUAAGACGAUCACGUUUUUGUCAAUAAAACUCAUACCUUAUUAUUCAGUGACUCUCAGUUACCACUUCAUGCUUGAUUGUGUUUAAACUUAUUUCCACUUACUCCAUUACGGUAAGUGGUGGCUAUUGUGUGUAUGUUCUAAGUAAAUGUUGAUUUUCAUGUUAAUUUCCAUAUUCUCUGACAGGAAAUAGAUCACAUUCUAAUUAAUAUCAUCAUUAAUAUUAUUUGCCUAGAAUAUAAUCAAAUGGUUUUUCUUCGAAUUAACUAAUCUAUAGCCAUUAAUCUAUCAUCCUAACUAAACUAAAUAAUGAAACAAACUUAUAUAUAAAAAUUGCUGAGCAUUUCUAAAUUAUUGCUUUUCUUUAUAACAAUAAUAAUAAUAGAGAACAGAAAAAAGUAAAAAACUACUUUUAUACUCUUGAUUUCAUUGAUUUGUUUUCCAGUAUCCAUCCAUAUUCGACUCAACUGUUAUAUCACUGAGACCUUUGUUAUUUUUCAGUGGUAAUAUAGAAAUAUCAAAGGUUAGUGCUUUGUAUAUUGUUACACAUGCCAUUACUAACAUUAUUUGAGAUGAACUAAUUAUUUCCUUCUUAAUUAUGAGUAUGAAAAAUCAAAUUUUUUUAGAAUAAUACAUUGUGCUUGUAAAUUACAACAAAAAUUCUGUCAUAUUUUUCUCUGUAAGUAACAGGUUGUUAGAUUAUGUCGAAGCUAGAAAAGCGUAAUGAUCAAUUUUUAAAUAGCUUUAGCUAAACUAUACUAAAUUGAGAAGACAAAAUUAAUAGCAUUUAAAUUUGACGAUUCAUAAAACUACUGUUAGCAAAAGAUCACUGAUAGUCUUCAACUGUUUCUUUUUUUGUUUUGUUUGGCAUUUGUUCAUGAAUUAAUUGAAAAUUACUGAGAAUUAUUACCAGUUUUAUAUUUCAGACUAGCUGAAUACUCAAAUCUGUAAGAAUAAGAUUUGGGAUAUAGUAAUCAAUGUGUUGUUGUAAAUAAUCCUUAUAAUUUCUCGAGAGUUUUAAAAAGUCCACAAAUUGAAACUCCUCACAAGGACUUACGAUGUCAAAUAACGUGUUAUGAACAAAACAUUCCCACUUUAUUCUAGCUUCACUGUCCCUAAAUUAUGUUACUUAUGAAUACCACUAAAAUACCGUGCACAAAACAUAAUGUGUUGUUAAUUGGCUCUAUUUAUCCAAACACUAUCCUAUUCAAGUAUAAAUUAACUAUAGAUUUAGUUAGAUACUCAACUAAGUACGUUUCAUAAUUUUAGCGUCCGAGUUAGCUUUUUAGGUUCGUAUUCGAAUCAGAUUAAUGACCGAUUUCAUCAAUUAACAAUACAUGCAAAUAACAUAUAUUUUACAUCUCGUCUUGUCUUAAAGGAUUUUGUAUGCAUACUUCUCUCUCAUAUUUGUGGCAAACAUCUCAAAGUAGUUAAUGGAUCUUUUCACAGUUCACUUAAUCUCUAUGCUUUGUGACUAACAGAUUGCAGUUAUCAUAAUUUAGAAACAUCUCUACUAUAUUUUACUGUUAAUGAAAAUAAUAAAUACAUUUCCUUCUUUGGCGACAAGUGAUAAUUAUUUCAGUUAUGAUGUACGGUACUCGGCCAUACAAGAAAGUACUUAUGCGGAUUUCGUUGCCUGCUUGCCAGAAUUAGAAAUCUAACUGUUUACUUGACAUCAUGUUUUUUUUAACGAUGGGUUAUUUUGUAUUACACAAUCAGAAAAUAUGGACAAGAAUAACUAAAUGUAAUUUCUGUGGUUCUUCAUUAAAAAGAGAAAACUCAUAUCUCCUUAAAACCUUCCUCUAGACCCUGAUCAAAUAACAACAUGGGUGUUUGAUCGUAGCAUUGAGUAAUACAAUUUUAGAUCUAUCCUUGUUUUCAGUUAUAAAUAUUCCUUGUUAAUGAAUUCCAGCAUGUACUAUAACCAAAUCUGAAUAUUUCUAUCAGUUACCACUAACCAUUUAGUAUCAAAUACAAUAUCGGGUUAUUUAGCUUACUAAAAACAUUGUAAAGUUAACUGGUGAAACUGUUAGCACUGGGUAGACAUAUUCCGUUUUACCAAUAAGCGCUUUUUCGGUGUCGGAACCUGUUCUUUUUUCCUUGUCUGACAAUGCAUAAAAAUUUUUAUGUAGUAUGCGCCGGCAAAAAGUAAUAAAAUGUUCCUCUACUUUUAUAGAACGAUACAAGUCUUUUCACCAUUGAUCAAUGGAUUAAAUUCAGUGGGGAGUUGAAAGUAGUCAAUUUAUUAAAAGAUUUACGGAAAUGCAUGGAUGGACUGUUAGAACAGAAGUUUAAAAGUCCUAGCGUGGCUAACUGGGAUAGCACAAAUAAGGAAGGACGACUCCUCCAAACUAUUGUGGAUUUAUUAACAAGUGAACCCCCUCCAGCUGUUCAAGUUGAGAAAUUAUCUUAAAGACAUCCUCCAUAAGCAUUUAUAAAUAGUCAUUCGCAUCACUAAUAACUUUGUAGAUAUAUGUUUUAACAUUUUUGUUUGUUAAUGACUUAAAAUAAAUCUUAUCUAUCACA